AAAGAGCUCUUUCAAAUAGAAUUUUCCUCUUUCAGAGUUUAGUCCCUUCCUUUGAGCAUCUCACUGCAAUUUCAUCCAUGUGAUGGUGAAGACAAAAAUAGAAGCUUAAAAUCCAAUAUUACAUACACUACACAUAUAUAUAUAACAGCUAUAGGGUACUUCACUAGCAAGCUAAAGCUGCUUAAAGUUCCUUGUGCAACCUCAAGUGAAUGAGAGUUUUUGCAGUUGCAGGGAAGGGAAAAUCGAGGGAGCAAGCAAAGCGGUUGAAGGCUAAACCGGUUUACCGAAUCUUACUUUCGAGUGACAAGUUUUUGAAGCCACUAUGGAGUAUACAAAUCUCCAUUCUCAAUCUAAGGUUGAAGAACAGUAUGUUAAGUAUACUUCUCUAUUAACUCAAACCGGCCAUCGAAUAUCCACCGUGGAUGAAUGGAAGCCCGACCUGUUACCGAAUAUUGGUAGCAGAUACCAUAGGAAUCCGGUUCAAACCGUCCUGAAAUCGAAGGAUCUAUGGCCCUUGAUGAAUGAGGAUAGUUCCUUCAACCAACAAUCUGCUGCCAAUGAGUUUCUACUUGCGAAUAUCAAAGAUGAGAUGUCGGAUUCGUUCCCCAAACUGAGUGAGAUGAUGUACUGCAACACUAGCACAGAGGACUCAUAUUUACUAUCUAAAAAACCGGAAUCAGGUGGUCAAGAUCUAGGAGGAAACAUAUGGUACAGCAACAUGACUGAGCGGCAGCUCUCAACCAGAGACUUGUACAGUAAUGCUAAUGAUCAGUACAUAUAUGAUUUCAAUCAUAUCUUUCCAGGUAUUUCUACCUCGGGAAUGUGUUCGACAUUGUUUUCGAGCUCUUUGGACUUGAACUUGAAAUCAUUCAAUCUUUUGGCCUCAACAUAUGGUGGUGGGAGUUGCUGCAAUCAAACCAGAAAUGCAUUUAUAGGCCAUAAUCACAGAACAGAAAGCAAUAACAGUCCAUCCACAAGCUCAAAAGUAUCAAUCACAAGCACAAAGAGACCUGUUAGCUUUUCUGAUACAAAGGAACCCCAUAUAGAUGCUAAGAAGCACCGGUCCUCGACGGCACGAUCCCCAUGCCCGACAUUAAAGGUUAGAAAAGAGAAACUAGGAGACAGGGUUGCAGCACUUCAAAAGUUAGUGGCACCAUUUGGCAAGACAGAUACAGCCUCUGUGUUAACAGAAGCCAUUGGAUACAUACAAUUCUUACAUGAUCAAGUUGAGACAUUGAGUGUACCAUUUAUGAAAUCAUCACAAAGCAAGCUUUAUAGAACAAUGCAAAUGGGCUUGAAAGAAGAAGAGCAGAAGCCUGAUCUUAGAAGUAGAGGAUUAUGCCUCGUGCCGGAGUCUUUCGCGGAAUAUUUUAUUAAUCAUUGCUUUAAUGGCAUUUAGAGAUAUGCAGUUGUACGCUAAAAGAUACAUUUGUAUGCUUCUCUUUAUAGAACAUUGAAAUAUGAAGUUCCAGAGAUAUUAUAGAUAA